UAGGGGAACAUGAAUGGUUGUCGUCUUCCUCUUCCAUUUUUAUUUCUUCAUUUCGGUGACCCCAAGUUCCUAUUGCCCUCAGUCCUCCUUUAAAUACUUCGCAUCACUUACAAACGUUAGGGAGGGAGUGGUUAUAUUAUCAUACUUGUAUUUAAAAGGGUGUUGUAUGAGUCAGAAAAUAGAAAAGCCAGUACUAUCAGGUCAGCGUAUAAAGACCAGAAAAAGAGAUGAAAAGGAAAAGUAUGAUCCAACUGGAUUUCGAGAUGCAAUUUUACUUGGUCUCGAGAAGGCUGGUAACGACUUAGAAGCAAUUUCAAAAUAUUUGGACACGGCUGGAUCCAAAUUGGACUAUCGUCGAUACGGAGAGGCUUUAUUUGAUAUUUUAAUAGCGGGUGGUCUCUUGGUACCUGGUGGCUCUAUUGCUCAAGAUGGUGAUAAACCGGUUAAAACGACAGCAUGUGUCUUCGAACAAGCAGAGGACAUGGAAUCAAUGCGGAAUUUCGAACAGGUAUUUAUUAAGCUCAUGCGGCGAUAUAAAUAUCUGGAGAAAAUGUUCGACGAGGAAAUGAAGAAAGUUCUGGUAUUCAUGAAAGGAUUUACUCCGAAGGAAAGAAUCAAGCUGGCUCGAAUGACGGCAUUAUGGAUCUCAAAUGGUUCUGUUCCACCAACUGUGCUCUCUGUUCUGAUUAACGAACAUCUUGUUAAAGAUAAUCUAGCCCUAGACUUCUUACUUGAGGUAUUUGUUACGUGGAAACAGGAAAAAGGACUUCCAAGUCUGAUGACUGCUCUAAAACGUGGCGGAAUCGAAGGAAGGUUAAUGGAAUUUGUACCACCAAAUAAGAGAACUGAGGAAUACUUUAGAUCUGUAUUCGAGACAGUUGACUUAGCAGACAUAGUGAAAUUGCAUAAAGCUCAAGCCAGUCAGGAAGCGAAACGCGAUCUUCAACAGCUUCUUCUUGAGAAUUUGGCCGAUAAGCGUGCUAUCAAGGAUAUUGUGGUCGAUCUUAAAGAAAUGGCCCAAAAGUGUCAUAUCUCAGAGCACGAAGUUAUUGGCUUGAUUUGGGGUGGAGUUAUGGCUCAGGCAGAAUGGAACAAGAAAGAAGAACUUGUCGCUGAACAAGCUUUAAAACAUUUGAAGCUCUAUACUCAAUUAUUCGGUGCUUUUACAACCACUGCCAGAUCUGAACUUGCACUUAUUUUGAAAGUUCAAGAAUUCUGUUACGAGAAUAUGAAUUUCAUGAAAGUCUUCCAGAAAAUCGUUUUACUAUUCUAUAAAACUGAAGUAAUUAGCGAGGAAGUGAUACUGAAGUGGUACAAGGAGGGACACUCUGUAAAGGGCAAAAUGCUGUUUUUAGAUCAAAUGAAAAAAUUUAUCGAGUGGUUACAAAACGCAGAAGAGGAAUCUGAAUCUGGAGAAGACGACGACUAAAACUAAUAUAGCAACACAUUCAAACAACAUUGCCAGAACUCAAUACGUCAGUAUUCUGUCCAGAGAAAUCUCGAGCAGAACUGUUAACUUACAGACAGUGAUAUAAUUAAGGAAGGGGACACUUAAAUAGGAAAACAGUGACACUCCAAUUUUAUAAUGAAUUGGUUUUUUUUUGGAAACAUUCAGUCCAAUAAUCGCGGGAACGAAAUAAAGUCUAAACUGAAUAUUUCAUAUAGAAGACAAUGGAAUAAAAAUGAAAAAAAAAAUAAUGAAAAAUUAAAUUCUUAUAUUAAGAGAUAAAUUGUCAAUUUUUGCAAUAUCUCUAAAUCAUAUAUUGCUUUGUGAAAACAUAUUUUGUGUUAUACAUUUUUAUAUAUCUCCACUAUCAAAUGUACACAAGAGUUAUAAAUCGGAAAAAAGAACUCAAAAUAGAAAAUCAUGAUCGAAUUUUAUCCCCAUGUACGUACAAUUUUUUGGAAUCCAAUAUUACUUUGUAUAAUAACUGUAUUAGUUUAUAAAAAAAAAUAUACUGUCAGGUGGUGUUUGAUA